AACAUAUAUAUUUUCAUUACUUUUAAUUUAAUUAUAAAAUUUGUUUUGAAUUUUAAGACACAUUUGAUUUGUUAAUUGAAGACAUCAUUUGAAAAUAGUUGUCAAUAUUUGCGCCGAUAUUCAAGUGAACGUACAGUCAGUAUAGCACUGAAUACCGCAUACUAUUCAAAGACGGGCAAUGGAUGGCAACAGUGGUGGCAAUGAUCUACCGGUGCGACUGUCCCUAUGGGAGCGUAUCCUUAGGAUAGUGUACUCGAAGGAGGAAUGGGAGGCCUAUAUGAUAGAGAAGCGACGAAAACUCAGACAAAAAGAGGACAAGAAGUCUCAUAAAAGGGAUGGCAGAUAGGCC